CGUUAAAACACUCCAUACCUCUGGGCCGCAGGGGCCCACACAUCGCCCCUCCUUGCCGUAGAUGGGCCAGCCGCGGCGGCGCGGCCACCCCCGCGCCCACCACCGGUGCCCGCGCCGUAUCGCGCUGCCGGCGGCUGCGCUCGCGCUGCUCUUCCUCGCCGUCUCGCUCCUCUCCGUCUCCCUCCUCUCUGCGCCGCCUCUCGCCGACCGCCCUGGCCUCGCCUCUUCCUCCCGCGGGUUCCUUCGCCGCCCCCCGGCGAAUAGCUCUGGCGGCGAACUGGAAGGCUCCGGGAGCGGCGAGACACAUGAAUGGAUUGGACCAGAUGAUCUUUGGCGUUCAAAGCUCGCUAGCAACUUCUAUGGAUGCAGCAACUCUAGCAAUAAAUUUCUUGAUUUCAGCGUUACCACACAGCCAGAUCGGUACUUAAUUGUUGUUACAAGUGGAGGCCUCAAUCAGCAGAGAACAGGGAUAGUUGACGCUGUAGUUGCCGCACACAUUUUAAACGCGACACUUGUUGUUCCCAAACUCGAUCAAACAUCUUUCUGGAAAGAUUCAAGCAAUUUUUCUGAAAUCUUUGAUAUCGACUGGUUCAUUUCAUUUCUCGCAAAGGAUGUCAAAAUUAUCAAAGAGCCUCCGGAAAAAGGAGGUAAAGCCAUGCGACCUUAUAAAAUGCGUGUCCCACGAAAAUGUACUCCACGAUGUUACUUGAACCGUGUCUUACCGGCACUUCUGAAGAAACAUGUUAUUCGAAUGACUAAAUACGAUUAUAGGCUCUCAAAUAAGUUGGACACUGAGCUGCAAAAAUUGCGUUGCAGAGUUAACUAUCAUGCUUUGAGAUUUACUGACCCAAUACAAGAAUUUGGUGAAAAGCUAAUACAACGAAUGCGGGAGAAGGGCAGAUAUUUUAUUGCUCUUCACCUGAGAUUUGAACCUGAUAUGCUUGCCUUUUCUGGGUGCUAUUAUGGCGGUGGAGAAAAAGAGAGAAGAGAAUUAGGUGCAAUUCGCAAGCGAUGGAGAACCUUGCAUAUAAGUGACCCGGAGAAAGGAAGAAGGCAAGGUAGGUGCCCACUAACUCCUGAGGAGGUAGGGCUGAUGUUGAGGGCAUUAGGCUAUAGCAGUGAUGUCCACAUCUAUGUUGCUUCUGGUGACAUAUAUGGAGGCGAAGAUACUUUAGCACCUCUCAAAGGGCUCUUCCCUAAUUUCCAUACAAAAGAAACAAUGUCAAGCAAAGAGGAGCUUGCUCCAUUCUUGAAGUUCUCAUCUCGCAUGGCUGCAAUCGAUUUCAUUGUAUGUGAUGGAAGUGAUGCUUUUGUGGCUAACAACAAUGGUAACAUGGCCAAAAUUCUGGCUGGGCGGAGGAGAUAUUUUGGCCACAAGAGAACAAUCCGGCCAAACGCCAAACAAUUCUAUCCCUUAUUUAUGAGAAGGGAAAAUAUGUCAUGGGAUGCAUUCUCCUCACGGGUGCGAGUAAUCCAGAAAGGAUAUAUGGGAGAGCCCAUGGAAGUCAUGCCAGGAAGAGGCGAAUUUCAUGCCAACCCUGCUGCCUGUAUAUGUGAAAAGACUAGUGGAAACUCUGUAGUCAAAUCCAGUUUUAGAAGUAACUGGGAACCUGUUAAUGACACAGGAAUAAGGAAAGCCAUUGGCAAACAACCAUACCCUGUCUAUACUGACGAAGAGGCGGAUGGAUCUGAUACAGAAGAUGAUCCCACAAGGAGAGAAGAGACGAUUGACAUAGAAGCUGACGAUGAUUCUGUGGUCAGACGAGAGGAUUCUGAGCUGGAGGAAAUCCUGUCAGAUUAGUUCAGUUAUGUAGCUGUUUCGUCCAGUUAAGCUAUGCAAAUCUGACUUUGCAUACAUGUGUUGUAUGUGGCAGCAAUUGAUGGUUUUGACAUCUCCUAAGUAGCUAGAUCUGCAGCUCCUGAUGUACGUAGAUUUUUUGGUGUGCAGUUGUACAUCCUCUUUCUCCUAGCUCAAUUGGGGCAUAAUCAUUUUUGUCAUCUCCGGCAUUGUGUCGACCAGAAUUUUCCUGCCUUUUAUAACAUCGCUGCCCUUGCUCAUUGCUCAUGGAAA